AUGACGACAGCUACCGAUAAGUUGGAGCUAUCCGAAGAGGAAAUUGCUGAUGACAAAAUGACUGCGCUGAGGACCCGUGCAUUGAAUUUAGCACUUCAACGAAGGCUUUUCGUGUCACCCGCAAGCACAACGAAGAUGGAGGAUCCACGCUACAUGGCCCGUAGCUACCAUAGCAACGGAGCUGUUAUUGAAUACGAAUGGAUAUCCCGUGUCGUUACCACUGACGGCUAUCUUGACGAAGAUGGGUCUUAUGUGUCUGUUCGUGAUGAUGUUGAUCAGCUAAAAGUGCAACGAGGUGAUGAGAUGACCUACCGCUAUGAUUCGCUUCAGUGA